AUGGCAAACCAACCUCCCACAGUCCACUACACAGUCGACCCAUCCACCAACCCAGCCCUCUGGCCACCACCCGCCCCAGACACAGAGAAUGCCGUCAUUUACAGAGUCGAUGUAAUAUUUAUCAACGUCAACGGCCAUUCCGAUCUUCGCAUCGUUCGAACAGGCACUGACGAACAUGUUCACCAUGCUGUCAUGCAAGUUACAAAGCACAUUGCUCGGGGCAUCUAUCGGAUCGUUAGCAUGAACGUUAGCGAGUACUCUUGUGUGGUGGUCAUGGAGACUGAAAAGUCGAUGGAGGAACUCAAGUCCCAUGGGUUUCCAUGGGAUAGGGAGAGUAAUCCGCAGCCGGAGGUGGUUCUCAGAUGA